AUGUCAACCAAAGAGUUGUCCGGUGGAGCAAGGAUUCACUACAUUUUUCAGUCAAUUUUUGUGAAGAGCUUGGAGGGAGUGGAUCCUUGCGAAGAUCUAACUAACGAGGAUAUUAGGACGGCAAUUCAAAAUGCAACUGGUACCAGAAAUGCUUUAUUUGUGCCCGAGGUCCCAUUUGAAGUUUUGGUUAGAAGACAAAUUGGUCGGUUGUUAGAUCCUAGCCUCCAGUGUUUACGAUAUGUCUAUGAUGAACUAAUACAGAUGAGCCGUGCUUGUGAAGCAUUUGAGAUACGAAGGUUUCCUUUGUUGAGAAGGCGUCUGGAUGAAGUGAUGGGAAAGUUUCUGCGUGAUGGAGUGAAACCUGCUGAAAGCAUGAUUUGCAACAUUAUUGAGAUGGAGAUGGAUUAUAUUAAUUCUUCGCAUCCAAAUUUUAUUGGUGGGAAGAAAGCUGUGGAGCUUGCGAUGCAACACGUGAGAUCUUCAGAGGCAGGUCGGACUCAGUCGAACAAUGAUAAACCGGCGUCAGUAGGUAUGCUCGUUCUUUAUAGUGGUGGCAAUGGAACAAGGCAUCCAACUAUACACUCCUCCCCUUCUCUCUUCCGUUCGUUCAUCUUACAUGUUUAUCACUGGUGCAUGCCUCUCGAGUACAUAGCAAGGCUAGACGGAUUUGAAGGCGCAAUGAGGUCAAUUCCUCAAAACCCAAACCUCCAAUGCUUGAAAGUCUAA